CAUAAGGUCAAGACGUGCACGCCGAUAAUGACAGACACAUGCAUACGGCUGUUGAUCGCUGUCGACGGUUGAGCAUCAGUAGAUCCAAGUUUGUCGUCGAAUUACUCUUUUAAAUAUAAUUUUUAAACUGCGUGAACGAAAACCGCUGCGACGUCGGCCCAACAAACAUCUAUACGUAUAUUGUAAUAUUUACCAUCAUGACUACGAUGAGACGUGAUACCACGCUGGUCAUUCUGUGCUGUAUAGUGUACACGAUUUUCAAAACGACAUUAUCCGCAGCAUCCGUUGUAAAAUUACCCAAGGGAUUCAUAACGUGCAAAAAAGAUGACCCCGGCGUCAACACGUGCAUUCAACAAGCCCUGCAAUCAGCGGUGCCACAUUUAGUCAAAGGAGUACCGAGUUUGGGACUAAUACCAAUUGAUCCUUUAAUAAUAUCGCAUAUGGAUAUAAACCAAGGUACAUCUAAUGGUCCUUUAGACAUCAAACUAAGCUUCAAGGAUCUUUAUAUACAUAAUAUUGGUUCUAUUAAGUUAACAUCAAUGAAAUCAAGUAUAACUAAUUAUACAUUUAAUCUCAAAGCCGAUUUUGAUGAACCACUUGUACUCGAAGGCAUGUAUAAUAUACAAGGAAAAAUUAUCAUUCUACCAAUAAUAGGUGAAGGAAGAAGUAAUUUAACCUUAGCUGGGUUGAAAGUAUCAAUUAACACAAUUGGUAAACCAGUUACAAGAAGAGGUGAUGAAUAUAUGGAAAUAGAAUCUAUGGAAUUAAAAUUUAGUACAUCAAGACUUUAUAUACAGCUAGAAAAUUUAUUUAAUGGAGAUCAAGUAUUAGGAAAUAACAUGAAUAUGUUCAUGAAUCAAAAUUGGAGAGACAUUUUAAAAGACCUUCAACCUGCAUUUGAAUCAGCUUUAGGAAUGGCAUUUCAGUCAAUCACUCGUCAGUUUUUCCACAAAAUACCAUAUAGUAAAAUAUUCAACUAAAUGAAAUACUGUUCUAUUUUUAAAU